AUGAAUGUCAUGAGCGAAGGCAGCGGCUUCGUCUUCAGAACCGGCGGAGAGUCUGGUGGAGAAGGCAGCUUCUGUGUGAUGGUCUUGGCCGACUCGCAUGAUCUAUUUGUCGGCUCCGUAAGACUUGGUCUUGUACUUACCGUUCAGCAAGAUGAUGUCCUGAGGUCUGUAGUCGAACUUCUUGGUGAAGAAAGACUCCAGGAUGUUCUUGGUACCCUGGGCAUAUCUGACCUGGGCAUCGAUAACGGAUCCGGAGUAGUGAGGAGUCAUGGCGUUACCAGCACCGUACUUGUUGGCCAUGGAUCUCCAUGGGUGGUCCUUUGGAGCUGGUUGAGGGAACCAGACGUCUCCACCGUAGCCUCUGAGCUGGCCAGACUUGACUGCGGCUGCAACGUCCUCAGCAACACAGAUGGCACCUCUGGCGGUGUUGACCAGCCAGGCGCCCUUCUUGAAGUGCUUGAGCAAGUCUGCGUUGAUCAGGCCCUUGGAUCCAGCGUGCAAUGGACAGUUGACCGUGACAAUGUCGGCCUGCGCAACAAGCUCCUUCAAGUCCUCGACUCUUCUGGCACCAACCUUUUCUUCGGCUUCCUUAGGCAGCGACUGGUAGUCGUAGUACAGCAGCUCCUUAGGGUUGAAAGGAAGGAGUCUUUCCAGGACUCUGUAGCCAAUUCUUCCAGCACCAAUGGUGGCAACAACCUUACCUUCGACGUCAAAGGAGUCCUUGGCAACCUCGGCGACGUCCCAGCCGCCAGAGAUGAUUUGCUCGUGGGCAGGAACAAAGUUUCUCACCAGCACCAAGAUGGUCAUCACAACGUGCUCGGCAACAGAAACAACGUUCGAUCCAGUCACCUCGAGAACGGAAAUGUCUCUUCCGGACUGGUUGAUGUAGUCCAAGUCGAUGUGGUCGGAUCCAACACCAGCAACAACCAGCAACUUGAGGUUCUUAGCCUUUUGGAUUCUCUCCUUGGUGAUGUAGGCUGGAUGGAACGGAGUGGAGAUGAUGAUGUCUGCAUCAGGGAUGUUCUUCUCCAAAGUGGAGUUAGGGCCCUCCUUGUCGGAAGUGACGACCAACUCAUGGCCUUGCUUCUCGAGCCAGUCCUUGAUUCCAAGGGCAUUUUCGGUACAUCCAUAAAGUCUGGAUUCGUCUUGGGCGUGCUUUCCUGCGUCGUAGAGAACUAG